AUGGCGCCGACACCAGACGAGCUGUCGGCCCCAGGCUCGGCAAGCUACGCCUCUGACACCUUGAAUGUCGGAGAUGGCACCUGGGUUUUUGACAAGAACACCUUCUUGCUUCCUAAUCUACAGGGAGUUAACUUCGAUACUAUGCGCUACAAUGGCAUGGGGAAUCGCUUCUCAACCUUUGUUGGAUAUCACAGCAUCAUUUUGGCUCAUGGUGUCAUGGCUGCGCUGGUAUUCCUGCUCAUCGUACCCUUCUCCGUCAUGACGAUUCGCUUCUACGAUAGAAACCCCGGCCGCGCCGUCACCUACCAUGGUCAACUACAAGUUUUAGCUAGUCUUAUGCUGCUGGUUAUUUUUAUUCUUGGAUUCUUCGCAGUCGGCCCCAAACGAAACCUCAGCAAUCCUCACCACGGCAUUGGCGUCGCCAUAUUUGUACUCUUCGUUCUCCAACUCAUUGGCGGCCGCUUGGUUCGACACAUUACAAAAUCACGCUCUUUGCGAAUAAUGAUCCAUCAGUGGUCUGGACGCGCCAUCGGGCUCUUGGGCAUUGUUCAAGUUCCGCUGGGCCUAACCCUCUACGGCUCACCCAAGUACCUCUUCAUCCUCUAUGCGGUCUGGAUGUCGUUUCUCGUUUUGCUCUACUUUAUUUUCAGCUACCGUCGUGCUGGCCAUCGUGAUUACUACAUGGGAGCUGGCACAAGGUCUGAUGGCGGGCGAACACGCCUCACCGAAUCCGAAUUCAUCUCUGAUCACAAGCCGAACAACAGCAGCAAGCUAAAAUGGCUUGGCCCUCUUGCUGCGGGCGCUGGAUUGUGGGCAUUGUUGCGCAAUCGAGGCAAGAAGCAAGAUCGCGAGCGCAGUCGAUCACCGUCCUCUUACAGGACCCGCACCGACGUAUUAUCCUCUCGUGUCCAGUCCGACAGAUACUACGAUGACAAGUACUCUGACUCUCCCCAGCGAAAGAGCGGUGGCGGAGGAUUUUUGAAGACGCUCGCUGGUGUUGCUGCUGCUGUUGGAGCCGGAGGUCUAGCUGCAAAUCUGAUGAAGAAGAGGAAUAACAGAGACGAAGAAUACUCGGCAGUAUCUACGGAAACGCCUCGCCGUCACCGUAGCGGGCGCGGCGCACGAAGCGAUUACAGCAGCGGGUACACCGAGGAUUAUACCCCCACACAAACGUCUCUGCUACCGCCAUCGGCGAACGCGGCCAACACCACUACCCAUACCACGAGAACGGGCGAUACCGGCAGGCCUACAACGCCACGCUCUUCCUACCCAUCACGUCGCGACUAUGACGAUUCAGAAUAUUCUUCCUAUGUUAGUCCGUCACAAAGAAGGUCCGAGGAAAACUCUAGAGGAGGUGGGGGGUUUGCGAAGGGGAUCCUCGGCGGGCUGGGCAUGGGAUGGAUUGCCAAGAAACUUGCAGAAAGACGAAACAAGAAGCAAGAGGACCGACUACGUGAACAAGAGGACCUGCGCGGAGGAACAAGCAUCUCUCGAUUUACAGGUGACGGCUAUCCUUCCCCAACGCGCCGAGAUUCGAGGCGACCACCUCCUGUUCGUCGUCAAACAGGUUAUGGCGCACCAUAUGGCACAGAAACUGCAUUGAGUGACAUGACAGAAUCAACCAUGGACCCGCCGCCUCGAGCUGGUGCCGGUGCCCGAUCUGGAAGCAUUCAGCCGGUUCCCAUGCCAUCACGACCAGCCAGAGAUGUCAGCCAACCCAGCACAGAGUCAGUUUCCAUGCCGCCCAUGCCAGCAGAUCCUCACGGAAUACUACAUUCUGGAGCAGAAACCUCCGUUGUGUCUACUGACGCAUCACCACCGCAACGAAGACCUUCAGAAAAACGUCGUAAAGCUGGAGAACGAGCAGCCGCUGCUGCAGCCGCUCGUGCUAGCAGCCUCGCUGCAAAUGAAGAGAGAAGCUACCGCGGUGACGGGGGACGCGACAGGGAUCGCUACGCAUCGCCGAAUAGUCAGCCAGUCAGCGUCAAAGUCAAGGUUCAUGAUGACCGUGACCGCAAUGUGACACUGAGGCGAUUGACGGAGGAAGAGGCCAUGGCCGCUCGAGGUCGCCGUGACUCGAUAAGCAGCAUGUCUGGAAUUGACUCCCCGAGCAAUGGGCGCGGGUACCGCAGAGCAGCAAGCCCGCGCGCGGCAGAGCGGGAAGCAGAGCAACGGGUAGAAGAGGAAGACCAACUGCCGCCUCUGUCGCCGCCCAGACCUGCGUUUGCCAAGGGCCGCCGUGCUGGCAAAGACUCUGCCUAUUAUUCUGGUCCAGCCGCCGGUUCCGCAGCGGGUUCUGCCGCCGGUCCGGCAGCUGCGGUCGGGGGAACGCCCGCCCACAGUCAAAUGAAGGCAAGCGUGGACUCGCUGGGUACCCACGGCACCUGGAGCGGCAUGAGCAUGCCAUCUCCAAGUGAAGGCGAUAAGACGAGCGAAACCGCAGCUGCGGAAAAUAGACGACAACGUCGGAGAAUGGAGCGAAGAAGAGGCAGCAGUGCCACCGCCAGGCCGAGCGGAGUGGACAUGUAUAACUGA